AUGGAUAAAGGCAAUACGCAAAACGAAGAAAGCCAACAACCGAAAGUUAAUCAACAUUCCCUAAACAUCCUGCAGACCAACCUUGGCAGAGGUGUAGAGGCGGUUUCACAGUUGGUGGCAUACCCGGCCACAGAUGCCAAAGUGCUGCUUUUGCAAGAACCGUAUCAACGAGACGGUAAACCCUUUGGAUGGCCACUCCACAUGAAGAAACUUUACCACUGCGGCAACGAGGUGCCCUGGACAAUGAUAGGAAUCACGGACCCAAACCUCUGCUGUCUCCUGCUAACGCAACACAGCAACGCCUACCAAACCUUCAUCAAAAUCAACAACAUGAGUCAAUACUGGAUCAUAGGAAGUGUCUACGUUCCAAUGGAAUCGUGCAUGGAAGCGGCCCUAAAAGACAUCGAGGUGGUCAUUGACAAAUACUACUCAACCCACAGGAUUAUCAUCGGCGGAAACUUCAACGCACAUUCUUUCAUAUGGUAUGAAGAGGAAACAGACGAUCGGGGCGAGGCCAUCGAGGAAUUCGCUUGCGAAAAGGACCUGUUCUUCCUAAACGAGCCAGGCAACCUGAGUACCUUCGAGAGUAGCAACGGCACCUCCAAUGUGGUCAUUACAAUCUGCAAUAAACUUGCCCUCAACUUCGUUAACGAUUGGGAAGUGCUAAAUGAGAUUACUCUAUCCGACCACCGUUACAUUACCUUCAAGAUAACCAGCUUUAUUACACCAGAUUCGAACAUCAAGAAGUACAACUUAAGGCGAGCAAAUUGGGACAAGAUCAUCACUACCAUCACUGAAGCAGAUUACAACUUUGAGAGUAUUAACACUGAGUUGGAUGCCGAAAUCGCUGCCAACAGCUUCCUACAUCUCCUCACCACCACCAUUGAUCGCCACAUCCCUUUAUACAAGGAAAGAGAGAGGAUCAUCCGCUGGUGGAACAAAGACCCUCAAACCCACAAGAACAAGACUAACGCCAAGAGGAAGAGAUACCAAAAGAGCAGGAACCCAGCGGAGAGAGAGCUGUUAAAAGAAGCUUAUCUAGAAGAGCAGAAAAAAUAUAAAGAACACAUCCGAUCCACCAAAAGGACAAGCUGGAAAGAUUUCUGCACGAGAUCGUCCGCCUACCCCUGGAACGUCUUGGAGAUCGGGGAUCUAACACCAAAGACUGUCUCAAGUUACUGCUAG